AUGAAAAGAAUACGACCGAUACAAAAUCGGACAUCCGAACAUAAACAGCCUAAUUCUCAUCAGUUUCAAUUUACUAUUGAAGAAGCGAAUGAAACCGAUAAUCAAACUACAACUGAGGUCGAAGUGUCAUCAUCAAAUGAUAGUUUAGAACAACAAAGUUUAACUUCAGAACAAUUACAACAAUUAUUCAAUCGAACUAGUUCUCAGCUGAUUACAGAAACUUCGGAUGAACAAGAGUUUUUUAAACGUGAAGCAUCAAUCAAAGCACCGAAAACAGGUGAAGUUAUACAAACACCAUUUCCACCUCUUCCACCUGAUCGUAAAGAAGAAUUAGAUAUUGACAUUGAACAAUUGAAACAAGUAGCUAAAGAAGCAGCAGGUCCGUUGAGUAUUGAACGAUAUUCUCCUAGUGAAAGAGAAAUUAAUCAUGUAUUAUCAACGGUUACGAUGACAUUUAAUCAACCAAUGAUUGCUGUUUCAUCAUUGAAUGAAGUAAUGAAUGUAGAAGAUUUAGAUAUAUCAUUAACACCAAAAGUAGAAGGUCGAUGGAGAUGGACAGGAACGAAAACAGUUCAGUUUGAAGCGAAACAUCGUUUACCAUAUUCAACAGAGUACACAUUAAAAGUCAACAAAGAGCAUUGUGUUUCAGCAAUAGGAGGUAAAUAUAUUUAA